CCCACCGCACUGUCUUUGGGGGUGCGUGGUGUGGGGAAGGAAGGGGCGAGGUUGGAAAAACAGGCGUCCCGGAGGGACGUGUGGCAGGUCUUUGUAUCUGAUGCUUACUGUUAUGCCCUUGACGAGCCACUCUUAAGGCUUUUUUUUCUCACCUGAAUAACGUAUAAGCCUUAACUGAAAGCCUUAAUGAAAUGCACAAAGUGGCAUGUCACUAAAACAUAAUUUUCCAGAACUUUCUGAAACAACCCCACACCGCUGAUAGUCAAAAGCCUAAGGUGUUGUAAUUACAGACAUUUAGAAAUAAAGAAAUAAACAAGAAGUAAUUCAGGAAGCAGAACCUGAUGGGGAGGAUUGAAGGAAAUCUUAAGUGCUUGAGUGGCAUGGGGGUGGCUUUAUGGAAAUCAGUGUUUGGUAGUAAGUAAAACAGAAAUCUAAGUGAGCUCCGGAGAGCACACUGCGUUCCAAACAUCCUGCUAGCCACUGAGAAUAAAAUGAAGUCCUGGGUUUUAAGGCGUUUCCGACUUUAUAAUGGAUAAUCAUCAGGAUGCUGCUUUAUGAUUUCACGAUUCAAGGCCCUGUCAAGAUGAAGUGAUUGAGAAGAAACAGUGAACAUCGUCAUCUUGUAGACAGGACAACAUGGAUCAGCCGUUAACUGUGAACUCCCUGAAAAAGUUAGCUGCGAUGCCCGACCACACGGAUGUCUCCCUCACCCCAGAAGAACGAGUCCGUGCCCUGAGCAAGCUGGGCGGGAACAUCACCAUCAAUGAAGAUAUCACUCCACGCCGCUACUUUAGAUCAGGGGUAGAAAUGGAGAGGAUGGCGUCUGUGUAUUUGGAAGAAGGAAACCUGGAAAGUGCAUUUGUCCUUUAUAAUAAAUUUAUAACUUUAUUUGUAGAAAAGCUUCCCAACCAUCGAGAUUACCAGCAAUGUGCAGUACCCGAAAAGCAAGAUAUUAUGAAGAAACUGAAGGAGAUUGCAUUCCCAAGGACAGAUGAAUUGAAAAAGGACCUUUUAAAGAAAUAUAACGUAGAAUACCAAGAAUAUUUGCAAAGCAAAAACAAAUACAAAGCUGAAAUCCUCAAAAAACUGGAGCAUCAGAGGUUGAUUGAGGCGGAAAGGAAGAGGAUCGCCCAGAUGCGCCAGCAGCAGCUGGAGUCAGAGCAGUUUUCGAUUUUUGAAGAUCAGCUCAAGAAGCAGGAAUUAGCCCGGAGUCAGGAAUUAGCCCGGAGUCAGCUGCGAAGUCAGGAAACGCCAGCACUGUCCGAGCAGAUCGAUGGCAGCGCUUUGUCCUGCUUUUCCACACACCAGAACAAUUCCUUGCUGAAUGUACUUGCAGAUCAGUCUCAUAAAGGUGACGCAACCAGUUAUGCUGGCCACUCACCUCCCGUCAACAGGGCCUUAAAGCCAGCUGCCACUCUAAGUGCUGUUCAGAAUUUAGUGGUUGAAGGACUGAGAUGCGUCGUUUUAUCAAGAGAUCUUUGCCACAGAUUUCUGCUGCUGGCAGAAUCCAAUACAGUGAGAGGAAUUGAAACCUGUGGAAUACUCUGUGGGAAGCUGACACAUAAUGAAUUUACUAUUACCCACUUAAUAGUGCCAAAGCAGUCUGCGGGACCAGACUAUUGUGACGUGGAGAAUGUAGAAGAAUUAUUCAGUGUUCAGGAUCAACAUGAUCUCCUCACUCUGGGGUGGAUCCAUACACAUCCAACCCAAACUGCAUUCUUAUCCAGUGUUGAUCUCCACACUCACUGUUCCUAUCAGCUCAUGUUGCCAGAGGCCAUUGCCAUCGUCUGUUCACCAAAGCAUAAAGACACCGGCAUCUUCAGGCUCACUGACGCUGGCAUGCUUGAGGUUUCCGCUUGUAAAAAGAAGGGCUUUCAUCCACACACCAGGGACCCCAGGUUGUUCAGCGUAUGCAGACAUGUAUUGGUGAAAGACAUAAAGAUAAUCGUGCUGGAUCUGAGGUGAUACGUUCUGAAGAUUAGCACCCUCCACGCCAGACACUUACCCAUGGACCCAUGGUUGCCGGAUUUUCUUAAGAUGUUUCCAGAGAUGACUGAUAUUUUAUAUUUAUACAUUUUAGAUCAGAGAGUUUGAUAUUUAUUACUUUUGCACAUUUUGACGCUUUAUUUUUGGGUUGCUUUGUCUUAAAAGAGGUUACAGUGGAUUUGUCAGUAUCCAUUAGUGUGCCUGAAUACUAUGACCACAUAAUAAAUUGUGCUGCAAACAACA